CAACAGGGUCAGCAGGACACGAAGACAGACCUCAGCUCUACCGGCUCAACAGUGACUAUGCUACAGCACUUCCCAGAUCCAAAGCCCGAGAUGAGCACUCUUCUUGUGUUUUAGUGCCUCCACCUCGACGUGAAGGUCUAAGAGAAAACCAAGACAUCAACAAAGAGAACGACCAGCAGACGUCCAGCAUUAACGAAGCUCAAGUAGACACCCUCAUCGCCAUGGGAUACAAUCGACUCCAUGUUGUCAACGCCUUGAGGGUCUCAAGAAACAACAUCAAAAUGGCAGAAGAGAUUUUGAAAACAUUUGUUAAACAGUGA